AUGUUAGUGUUACUCCCGUUAUUGAUUCGAGUAGCGGCGGCGAUCGAUGACGGUGAUAAUGACGACAAAGACGUAGACGUAGAGAGUGUGGAAGAAGAGGUGGAAGUUACGGGCGUGGUUCUUCUAACUUGCGUGAUUUGUCGCGAUGAUGAAAAUGCUGCUAUAAUGACAUAUAUAACCUAUGUAGCUUAUUUAUUCUAUCAAGUUGCUACCGACAACCCAACAAUCGAGUUAUCAGCCGAAAGAAUGACAAAAAUAGAAGUACCAGACAUAGAAAUUUGUGGAUAUGGAAGUGACCUACGAAUUACUAAAUGUGCCUUUACUUUUACCGAUUGGACAUCAAUCAACCUAGUCAAUUGUAGUAAUGAGGGAUUUCUAUACGUGUACCCCAGUUCUCUAAACAACCCAAAGAAUAUUAAUUAUUGCUAUUUGUUCACUGGCAACAAAACCCUUUGGUUUACGAGUAAAAAUGCAACAUCUAAAGAUAAAAAAAUUUUCCAAAUAGAAUUCUAUUUCAAAAUUUUGAAUUUUACGGGUGCUGAAGCUUUGUCUAUUUCUGUGCCAACUAUUGCUGUGCAAAUACUUGAUCCGGAUAGCAACAUUCUUUGGAAAAAGAAGACAAAGUCUAAAAUGGCUAACGGUAUGGCCGAAGAAAUAACUCUUCAAGAGAAUAAUUUUGCCGGAAUCGCAAACUACUCGACGAGUGUUCGAUUUAGAAGAAACACAUAUCGUGAAAUACUCGACAGUGAUUUCGCUAGCAGAAUAGGUUUUAAACCAAACUAUGAAAAUAUAACUAUAUUAACCUCGACCGCUCAGUAUUUCCCACUACAUCUCAAUCCAAAUUUCACUGAGUCAACGGAAUCCGGGCAUUUCUGUGUAAGACCAGGGAGCUAUUUGAAUCGUGUUCAAUCAGAAAAACGUGUAAGAACAUUGCUGGGUGUUUUGGGUCUGGCUGGAGGAGCGUUUAGCGCUGUCUGUACAAUACUUAUCCUAUUAUUUGGAGACCGUAAAUUCCGGCCACUCGGAAUAGUGCACCGCGUAGCACGAUCUGAAGUCGAUGAAAUUGUAGCUACAAACGAUCUCCCUCUAAUAACCUCAUUUGCAAAAAAUCAAUUUCUCCCCGAUCCAGAGCGAAUUGUACGAUGCGAAAAUCGAAUACAAGAGUUGGAAGCCUUGUUGACUAAUUACUUUUUUGAUGUUACGCCAUUGACGUAUUUACGUGACAAGGGUUUACGCAGAAAGAGUUCUGAGAAUGUUGAGAGCGUUGAGAGUGCUGGUUCUGAUCUGAGUGAUUAUACGAGACCGGCAACAUCUUCUACUAAUAUGACAUCUAAUAUUGCUAAGGAUAAUGACAACUACUAG